AUGAGAAGCAGAUUCCUUAGAAAAAUGAAACUCAUCCCAACCAGAACAAACUUGAAACAAGGCCUUGUUUUUCAUCUCAACACAACAGAUAUGUUUUGUAUCCAAGAAUGUCCAACUUCAUCAUUCUUUUAUGACCACAAAGGAAACGAUUCGAGGUGGACGGCCGCUCAGUGCGGAACAGGAAACAAUCUUGAUGAAAAUGAGAAGAAUAAUGAUGAUAAGAUACAUCAUUUGGAGGGACAAGAAUUCAACUUCAAAUUAGCUACAAAAGAGUAUCCAUCUCUUCAAAGUUUUGAAGAAAAAUGUCCACCUGGUGGAAGCAACUCAAUCAUUCUUUACACAACAAGUUUGAGAGGAAUAAGGAAAACAUUUCAAGAUUGCAACACUAUCCGUUUCUUGUUGAGAAGUUUAAGAAUAAUGUACCAUGAAAGGGAUGUGUCUCUACAUUUGGAAUAUAGACAAGAAUUGUGGAAUAUAUUGGGACAGAAAGUGAUUCCUCCAAAGCUUUUUAUCAAAGGAAGGUACAUUGGAGGAGCUGAUGAAGUUAUUGCAUUGAAUGAAAUGGGCUGGCUUGGAAAGAUUUUGGAAGGAACACCAACUGUUGUUUCUAGUGAUUGUCUUUGCAUUGGUUGUGCUAACAUGGGAUUUACUAUUUGUUCAACAUGUUGUGGAAGUUGUAAGGUCUUCAUCAACAAUGGUGACAGCAGCAACAAUGAAUGUUUCCUUAGAUGUCAUGAUUGCAAUGAAAAUGGGCUUGUCAAAUGUCCCAUUUGUUGCUAG